UAGAAACAGCUGGCUGCUAUGCUGUAGUAGAAAAGUUUAGCCCACUGGUUACAUCUCAACAUUACCGGACACCAAAUUAGAGGGACUGAGCAAGUGUGAAUCUGUCUUUUGCAGGCGGAUGGCCAGUCAGGGAGCCUUGCGAGGCCAGCGCGUGGUGGAGAGUGAAUGCAGGUGCUGGAACCCAGCCGUCUGGCUCCUGGUUUCUCUGCUGGGAACCCUCGUCUUGGUAGCUAUCAGCAUUCUGUUGAGACUUGGGGACAUCAAAAUAAGCAGACGGGCUUUACCCGCCAGUGGCGUGCAAAGCCCAGUGAGGACGGAGUAUCAAGUACAACUGGUGAAUGGGCGGAGCAGGUGUGAGGGCAGAGUGGAGGUGCAAUACAAUGGCUCGUGGGGCACCGUGUGUGAUGACGAUUGGGACAUGGUGGAUGCAAAUGUCGUGUGUCGUCAGCUGGGAUGCGGGGUGGCUGUGGCGGUGUCCAGCAGCUCUAAGUUUGGACAGGGCACUGGGCUCAUCAUGUUGGAUAAUGUGGACUGCAAAGGAAGUGAAAUGGAGCUCAGCCAGUGCUGUAGUCUGGGGUGGGGCAUCCACAAUUGUUACCACUAUGAAGAUGUGGGUGUCACCUGCAGAGAACCAACCUUGCCGGGGUCCAGAGGUUUUGAGGAACCCAGCACACCACCCCAGUCCAUAUCUGGUUUACGAGAUGGCACCAUCCGUCUGGUUAAUGGACAGAACUCGUGCCAGGGCCGAGUCGAGAUCUUCUACCAGGGAAACUGGGGGACAGUGUGCGAUGAUGACUGGGUCCUCAACAAUGCCAAGGUAGUAUGCCAACAGAGUGGCUGCGGCAGUGCCGUCUCUGCACACGCCAAUUCCUACUUUGGCUACGGUACCGGGCUGAUUCUUCUGGACAACGUCAACUGCCAGGGCACGGAGCAGGACCUGACUAAAUGCAAGAGCCUGGGUUGGGGUAAACACAACUGUGGCCAUCAUGAGGACGCUGGGGUCACCUGCACCGGGUCCACUACUGUACCACCAGUAGCAACAGAGGUCCAGAGAGGGCUGUGGGGAACAUUGAACACUGAAGUUCCAGUCACCAAGUCACCAAGCACAACAACAACGGUUACAACAACAACAACAACCACCCAAACAAAAGUUACGUCAGCCAUUCGUGUGAUAAAUGGCAACAGUAGCUGCCAGGGUCGUGUAGAGGUCCUCUACAAAAAUGUUUGGGGGACAGUGUGUGAUGAUGACUGGGACAUGCCCAAUGCCAAAGUAGUGUGUAGGCAGCUUGGAUGUGGCGCACCUAUUGCAGCCAAGUCCAAUGCCUACUUUGGCCACGGUUCGGGCCCAAUUCUGCUGGACAAUGUGGAAUGUAGUGGAUUUGAACUAGAGCUAUCCCAGUGCUUCCACCUGGGGUGGGGUCAGCACAACUGUGGCCAUCAUGAGGAUGCUGGAGUUAUCUGCGCACCUUUUGACCCCCAGUUUUUUGACCUUGCAAGUGCGCGUGAAUUCAGAGUAACAGAAACAAUACCAACCACCACCACCACCACCACACAACCACCUGAAGGCAUGGUAAGACUGAUGGGUGGCCAGCACCGGUGUGAGGGUCGAGUGGAAAUGUACUUGAAUUCAGGAUGGGGCACAGUGUGCGAUGAUGCCUGGGACCUCCCAGAUGCCCAGGUGGUGUGCCGUCAAGUGGGCUGCGGUGAAGCCAUUGCAGCUCGGGGAGAAGCUUACUUUGGGCCCGGCACGGGAACAAUCCUGCUAGACAACCUCAAGUGCAGAGGUACUGAGAGAUCCCUGCAGAGCUGCUCCCAUAUAUCCUGGAAUGUACACAACUGCGACCACUCUGAAGAUGCUGGCGUCACCUGCUUGCCAUCAUGAUUUCAGCAGAACCGCGGUCCCACCAACAUGUGUUAGGAUGUGGGUGUACCGUCCUCGGACUUCUGUACAUUAUGUAAAUAACAGCUGUCAUAUUGCUGAAGUAAUACUCCACCAUCACCAACAUAAAAAACAGUUAAUACGCCAUUCUAUGAUUAUAUUCUAUAACUAUAUAAGCCUAUUAAGCACUUUAUAAAUAUAUUAUAUAAAAGAAAAUGUACACAGUUGUUUGAUAAAUGAAGAAAUCUUUUAACUGUCUUUCUGUUUUUGUUAAAAUAUUUACUGUACAUGUUAUUUUUCACUUAAGGAAUAUACUUGAGGAAAUCUGUGGAUUAAAGUAAACCUAUUUUUAAAGAACAACCUCUGCUCCACAAUCCACAAAUAUGUACGAUAAAACAUAAAUGACACUGUAUACUAUAAUCUACAACACUGAAAUACACAUAAAUAAAUGUGCUAUAGCUUGUA